UUCUUUUGCCGUAUAAUAUGCUGUUCUGGUAUUUGUGCGUCUCAUAGGGACAAAAGAUAGCUUUAUUAGAUAUCGGUGCCGACCAAUUAAGAGAGCUGGAGGUUAUGAACAUGAAGGUUCCCGAGCAGGAGCUGAUGAGUGAUAUUCUGAUGCGGUUAACAGGCGAGUCCGCGCUUCCCGUUUAUAGCAACAUUGCCAAGUACAAACGAGGGAAGGACGGCUUGUAUUUCGUUGCCGAGGAUUUGAGUGAAACUGCGAAAAAAAGAGAACUGGUCAAUGCCAAGGAGCGACUGAGAAUUAGGAACCUAAACACCAUGUUUUCCCGUCUGAAGCGCAUGGUGCCACUUAUGCGGCCAGACCGCAAGCCUAGUAAAGUGGACACACUUAAAGCUGCCACUGAUUACAUUCGAUUGCUUGUUGCCGUCUUGCAGGACACUGACAAUGAUAAUAGAAAUGGCACUGAUUUUCUAAAGAAUGCAAUCAGCUAUUGCCCUACUGAAGUGGUUGGCAGUGACCUAUGGCGAGUGGAUGAUUGGCUGGACAGCAUGCCAGAGGUGGGCAUGGAAGAUGGGUUUACCAUGACGAUGCCUUUAAGUGCUCCAGGGUCAGGAACAGAGGAUGGAGACGUGACUGGACUGGUUUUGCAACACUGCGUGAUGCCCACAUACCAGUUCAUCAUCCAAGUAGCACCUGAUCAGUCUGUGAUGUCUCAACCCAACUGAGUGGAGCCUUGAACUCGUAAUGGAACAGCUGCCAGCACUAAUAUACUUAAUACCCUGCUCCCAAUCAAGCAUGGAAGAUUGUUUUUCCCCAAGAGAGGAAUGAAAUGUUUUUUUUUUAUGUUUUGUUUUAUUUUUGUUUGGUUUUGUUUUUUUAUCUAGAGACUCAGAGCAGGUGGUGUGCAUGUCUGGAACUAAUUAGUUUACAGUUUUGAUUCUUUGAGUUCACAAGUUUUCAAGUUAAUGGCAUUGAGCUGUAAUUAUCUUAACUGGCUUGGUGCCAUUGGUAACUACCAGUGCUGUGAGGCUUGUGAAAGGAUGUGAAGAAGCAGAAAAUGAUUGGUGGAUGGAUAGAUCUCUGCUUACUUACUCUAUUGUUUACUUUCUUAAAUCCCAUGCUUAAUUAUUCAAAGCCUUUUUAAAAAAAAAUCAGAACUGAACAAAUUUUCUAAGAAAAUCCUUUUUGCAGUCCAGGAUCUGACUAACUUUACCAAUUUCUCCUCAUUCUUAUCCUGAUACCACAAGAUCAAGGUUCCAGAUUUGCUGUGUCUGAAUAGAUAUGUCUUGCCAUCUGUAGAACAAAUAAUUGCAAUGGGACAAAUGACUGCACAAGAAAGUACUUUUAUUC